GUCUGCUAAAAACACAACACAGUUAUUUCUUAAAAUUUAGUCUAUUACAAAAGCUCAUCAGUAAAUUCAUGCUUUGUGAAUGCUGUUCAUAACUACUUGAAUUAAAAAAAAGUGAUGCGUGGAAAAGUCACCUUGGCUUUGGAUAUGUACAGUAUGAAAUUUAGAAAUUUAGUUUGCUCUCCAUCACACAACUAAUAACUACCCCACUAAUAGUUUUUACUUGUAAAUUACACAAUCCACGCUGUUAACUUAAUGAUGCCAUAAACAGACUGGUUUGAAAUAACUACUGUUAUUUUCUGUCUCCAGAAUGGGACAGUGACAUGGCCUCUCUAUUUGUCCUGCUUCAUCUUCUUACUCCACAACCAGCUGGAAGAAAGCGGCCCAAGAAGAUCAGUGUUGGAGAGGCAACAGAUCAUCUGGUCAAAUUUCAUAAGUCAUUCCAAAGCCUUGAUGAUCAUCUCCUGACAACUGAAGGAAACCCUCAGCCAUAUCUUCUCGCCUCAGGGACUUCAAAAGCACAGGUUUCCACCUUUUACAUUGUCUUGGACAGAAAAGUUCUGCCUUGUCAAUCAUGUACAUCCUUGGGUGCCUUUGAUGAGCUGUUCAAGUCCCAUUUUGUUUUCAGUGUGAAGUAUGAUGAUGCUCUGUCCAGUCUGUACACAUUUUUGCAGACAACUGUGUACAAUAUCGAUAUAAGUACAACUGAGGAAACUCCAAGGGUCAAAGAGCUAAGAGCAAGACUGUUGAACAAGCACUAAUUGUCUUAUUUAACCAAAAUGUUAAGUUGUUUCCUCUGCACUUCAUCCUUUUGUUCAGCUUUGCUUUUGUUCAGGCACCUCAAACUAAUUCAUGGAAUGUAUCCUGGGAAAAAUCUAAGACUGAAAUGUGGUCAAGCAGAUUGUUGCUUGCAGUUCUCUAGUUAUUCUGGAUUUAGGAGACAUCUCAUUAAGAUACAUUCUUCAGUUGGUGACAAAUGUGACCCUCAUGAGACCCCUUCCAGUUAUGAAAGUGAAGAACAAAAUUCUCAUACCUUAAAUGAUGAAAUACCUUCUACUUCAUCCCAGUGCCAAAAUUUUGAAGCAGUCCCUUCAGUAUGUACUCACAAGAAAGAUAUGUGUGCGUCCAUUAUAGCAAAACUUAUGGCAAGUGGUGUACCAAAUACUGUAGUUCUUUCGACAAUUGAAAAUUUGGAGGAAUUUGUUGAAGAUUUGCAGUCAAAUAUUAAGGACCAUGUCUUAAACUUACUACCAGGUAACAAUCCAUCAAGACCAGCCAUAGAAGAGUUAUUUAAAAGUUUGGACAACCCUUUCAGCCAAUUGAACUCCGAUACCAAAUGGAAAAAGUAUUUCAGAGACAAAUGGGGAGUAGUAGACCCAGUUGAACUGCGCCUUGGUGUUAGGUAUGACACCAGACGAAAUAACAAAACUGGAACUUAUGAACAAGUUCCCGUUAAUGAUAAAUUCAUAUAUAUUCCAAUUUUGAAAACAUUCCAGUUCAUUUUCAGAAAUGAAAACAUUUGUGAGAUGAUGCAAACAUGUACUCAGUCUGACAUAUAUGAAGACUUCUGCGAUGGUAGCUACUUUAAAAAUCAUCCUUUAUUUUCGACUAAUAAGUUUGCUCUCCAAAUUCAAUUAUACUAUGACGAGUUUGAAUGUGCAAAUCCUCUUGGUUCCAAAAAAGGAAUUCAUAAAAUUGGUUGCCUUUACUUCAUUCUUAGAAAUCUUGCUCCAAAGGUGAAUUCUGCCCUCAUGAACAUCCAUUUGGUAUCUUUGUUCCAUGCCCAAGAUGUUAAGAAAUAUGGGAUUGAUGAAAUACUGAAACCUUUAAUAAGCGACUUGAAAAUAUUAGAAACUGUUGGGAUUGCUGUUCCAUUUGCUGAACAACCUGUAUGUGGCACACUUGCCCUCAUUACUGGUGAUAACUUAGGUAUGCAUAGCAUUCUUGGGUUCUUGGAAUCAUUUAGUGCAAAUUAUUUCUGUCGAUUUUGCUUAAUUGAUAAAUCUUCAGCUCAGUCAGUUUUCUCAGAGGAUGACCCAAGUUUGACUUUAAGAUCACCAGUACUAAAUGAUCAGCAUUAUGCCAGUUUGGUAGACGAUCCAACACUAACCUCUUCUUUUGGCAUCAAGAGGAAAAGCAUGCUCAAUACUUUGCAGUAUUUCAAUACUGGGGAAAACUAUGCUGUCGAUAUCAUGCAUGAUAUUUUGGAAGGGGUUGGUCAAUAUGAGAUAAAACUGCUUUUUGAAUAUCUGAUUGAACAUUUCAUCUCUAAAGAAAGCUUGUUGAACAGGACGUAUGCUUUUAAUUAUGGCUAUAUGGAAACUAAAAACAAGCCCACAAAUAUUAAUCUUGACUGCGGAGGACAUGGAAUAGGCUUAAAUGCAUCGCAAACACUGUGUUUAGUCACAAACAUACCUUUGAUAUUUGGUGACCUGGUACCAGAUGAUGAUUUGCACUGGCGCUUGUUGCUCUUGUUGUUGAACAUCAUAAAUAUUGUGUUCUCUUACUCAAUCACUGAGGGGAUGACCGUUUAUUUAAAGCACCUUAUUAUCGAACAUCAUAAACUCUUUAAAGAACUGUUCCCAUUAAAAAACUUGCUUCCAAAACAUCAUUUUAUGGUCCACUACCCAAGGUGCAUUAGAAAGAUCGGACCACUCAUUCAUAUCUGGACCAUGAGAUUUGAAGCGAAACACAAGUUUUUUAAAGAUUCUGUGAAGAACUUCAAAAAUUUGACAGUUUCGCUUGCAAAUAAACACCAGUUUGCAGUAGCAUAUCAUUGGGAAUGCUUGUCUUUAAAGACAGUUGAGUCUGGUCCAGUCAAAAUGUGUUCACUUGAGACACUUGAAUUUUCAGAAAAUAUAACUGAAUCUCUCCAUGUUGAUUCACAAGCCACUGUCAAUCUCACAAAGUGGGUAAGAUGUUGUGGUGUUGAGUAUCGUGUUGGACUCUUUGUUUGCACGGGUACUGAUGAAAACAUGCCAGUUUUCAGCAAAAUAACCUCAAUCAUUUUACACAAUGGUAAAGUGAUUUUUGUUUUGAUUGAGCAUGAAACAUUUUUCCAUGAUCACUUCCAUGCUUUUCAAGUGAGUGAAAACCUACCAAGGAAGGUACUGGUUAUAGAAAGGGAAAGAUUAAGACAUUUCAAAUCUUUUGAUGCCCAAAUGUCAUAUGGGUGUGAUUCACAAUUUUAUGUUGUAUCAGAGAGUUGUAUUAUCUGAUUUCUUAUUUAAAUGAGUUCACUGUGAAUUGUCACUUCAUCUGAUGUAUAAGUGUCUACCUCAGGUUACACAAUCCUGCACUACUUUUUUAUAUAU